AUGACGGAAGCUACUUAUGCCUCCCCGUCUUUUGCCUCCCUCAAGCAAUAUGCUUCUUAUAACUCCUUGACCUCUACCUCUACUGUCGCCGCAUCAGUGUGGUCCGACACCGCUUCCCAGUCUUCGGACGAUACCUCAGUUUCCAACUCGGAUUCCGAUUCCUGCGAGUCUUUCUGUCCCUCCAAGCAGUCAGCCCGCGCCGACAAUGCCACCGCGCAUCGUCGUUCUAUGUUCCAAAACAAGACAGAGGCUGCAGUCCCUGUCGAGUUGCGCCAGAACCCUCGCCGUUCUGGCCCUGGUAUGCGCGCCAGAGGCGCCUGCCCCCCGGCUCUUGUCCGACAAUGCGACCGCAAGGUCAACUUUGUCGACAGCCUAGUUGAUUCGUCUACGCAAAUUGUCGAGACAAUCUGGCCUCUCUCUUCGGCUGCCUGCCGAAGCGAGCUAGGAAGCAAGGCGGUUCUGCCUCUCCGAACCUUUAUUCAGGAGACUCUGCGCCGCUCUCGUACCAGCUAUUCUACACUUCAAGUAGCCCUCUACUACCUUGUCCUGGUGAAGCCCCAUGUCCCCCAGCAUGACUUCACCAUGGAGCAGCCCGAGGAUCGCCACGCCGACCGCGCUCUCCAGUGCGGCCGUCGCAUGUUCCUGGCUGCCCUGAUUCUUGCCUCCAAGUACCUCCAAGACCGUAACUACUCUGCGCGCGCCUGGAGCAAGAUUUCUGGACUCAACACUCAAGAGAUCAACCAGAACGAGAUGGCUUUCCUGCUUGCUGUCAACUGGAAGCUGCACAUCGCCGACGAGGUUUUCCAGCGCUGGACCGAGAUUGUGCUCAAGUACACUCCUCCCCAGAUGCCCCCCUCUCCCGGUGCUGUGUCCCAGACUGUCUCGCAGCAGACUGCCGACUGGCGACAGCUUAUCCUGAAGCUUAACCCUGACCUGUCCAACAUUGAGGAGCUUAUCCCUGUCGGACCGCUCAGCCCUAAGCGCAGUGACCUUUGCGUUUCAUCCCCCCGCAGCAUUCUGAACCCUCCCCAGGAGGCCUUUAUGUCUGUCGAUUCGCAGAGCACCCCCAAGCCUACUGCUGUCCCCAUCACCUCGGAACCUGCCGGCUACCCCCCUGGUCGCAUGGCCCCUUCGAUUGGCAUGCUUCCUACUCCUCGCCUCACCCCGCAAACCAGCGGAAUCUGCACUCCUGCCGUGGGAGCAGCUUCCCAUAUGCUCACCAAGUGCUCUGCUAUGGGCCUUGCCCUGGCCCAGGUCAACACUACCUGCAACCCCAACCACCUGGAUCGCCUCCCCAGCUCUGCUACUUCCUCUCCCCAGAGCUACUGCCCUGUCCGCCGUUCAUCCCUCGCCAUGUCUGUCUCUUCUGCCUCAUCCCCCGAAUCCAUGGUCUCCGACUCCUCGCGCACUUCGCGUUCGUCCUCGAUCUCAUCGGUCUCAUCCCUCGCUAGCGCGACCCUCAACUCCAAGUUGAUGGCUUCGUCGCGAUUCCGAGCGGCUAAGAUUGUUACUGAGCGAGCCAGCAUGAAGCCCAGCGUUGCGUCUGUUCCCGAGGAUUACGAUGAGCGCUUCUUCUCGUCGUCUCCCGAAUCGUGCACCGGCCCGGUCACGGCUCUCGAGGCCAUGACAAGAGACCCCGCGUCUGAUGCUGCCCGCGCCUUGCAGUAUCUUCACAGCCAGGAUGUCCACUCUGCCGAGUCCACUCCCAUUGUAGGUAGCCGCAAGCGCAGCCACUCCACUACUGGAGACGGCCUCCUCCAGGACAAUGUCCGCAGCAUCCUCAACGGCGACGAAUACCAUCAAGCCACAUGGCACCCCUCGCUCGUGCACGACUCUCGCAAGCGUGCUCGCUGCGCCUCGGAGGCCACUAUUGCCUUCCAGCCUAGCCCUGUUCACCCUGCCCUCAACCACCAGACCUACGGUGUUUGGGAUGGUAUCCUGAACUAG